AUGACUUCGUUCUAUGAAGCCGCAACCAGGUAAGUUCCGAGUUUUUUUUAGAGAUGACGUGGGAUAAGUGGACUUGUGCGAACUGGCAUGUGUUUCCAAAAGACCAGCAAACUUUGACAAUUUGUAUUAUAGCGGUCGAAACUAUGAUCGUUUUGCGACUGAUGAUUUGAUGGGCGAGAAUACAUUAAUCAAGAUGAAGCAACACUUCUGGACUGCCAAACAAUUAUUGCGCAAUAAAUUAGGCAAAAAAGAAGACGACUGUUUAACGGCUUCGGAUGCUGAAUUCGACUCUAAGUUGACGUCAUUUUAUUCGAUAAGAGAUUCGAGUAGAAAUUUAAUGGCUGGGUUGGAAGAUCUCCAUCAUUUCUUUGGCAGUAAGGAUAAGGGAAUGAACAAAAUAUAGCCAAGUUUAGAUCUUCAGGAAAACAACAAAGCGAUGGGAGUUCUUCUGAUAAAACAGUCACGCUUUCAGAAAGCCCAUGUGGCGAAAGCAAUGGAAUCAGUGGGACAAGCACAAAGUUAUGCAUAUAAAAGCAGGUAGAAACACUCUUGAUGACCAUCUUUUCUUUAGUGGUACUGCUUUGAACACGAUGGUGAAGAUGUAUAGAGACCUUGACACUUUCUUCGACCGGGCUGUCAACGAUUGUGCCAUCACUGUGGAGGCGGCAGAGAGAGCUCGGACGGAGUAUCGGGGAUCACUCCUUUGGAUGAAGAAGAGCAGUGAAGAAGUAACAGAUAGCUGUCUAUAACGUAAUAUUAUUAAUUCGUCCACAACUUUUCAGUUGGAUCCCGAAUCCGAACAACUAAUGGACCAAUACAGGACAGCACAAGCCAUAUGUAGACAAAAUAAGGAGAAGUUUGACCAGCUCAAAGAGGAUACCUUCCACAAGACCGAUGUUUUAAGUCAGAGCAGGACGAAACUACUAGUGGCAACUACACAAAGAUAUAUUGAAGACAUUGGGGAGUACAUCCAGGAGAUGUCCAAAUCGUAUUCUCAAGUAGCGGAUGAGUUGAAGGACAUUGACAAUUACGAGAUUGAUGUUCUUACGGUAAGUCCGAUGGAUAGGUUACUCUAUUUUCAGAUCUUAAAUGAUCCCAUGUCGUUGGUUGUAGAGAAAAACAAGGCUGAGAGACCAGAAGUAGAAGAUAUCCCGUAAGUUCUCCCAAUUUUUAAAUCAUGCCUAAGGCCAUCAAGAAAAGGAGAAGAUGAAGAUCGUAAUGAAUGUGAACAAGGUGUUAAAUCGGACUUAAUUGGCUUCGAAUCAGAGCCGGAAUCAGAUAAAAGUCGGGCGGAUAGCCCUUUAGGGGAGCUUCCUGAGACAAUUAAGCCAGAGAACCUCCUGGAAGAUCCGAAAAGUUUCGUGGUGGGACCUUUGCCAACCUUAUACAGCCAAGAAAAUCAACAGUUUCCCAAAAUAGAACCACCUUCCGGCUGGAUCAACAAGGUUAAAUGUGGUGCCCAGGACAUACUGAACUUGAAUACGGGUAAUCGAUCGGAGUUUAUGCCUUCCGAGCUUGUGAAUCAAGCUCUGGAGUUGUCCAAAGAGAGAUCGACCGGGGUGAGUUCCCGGAAAGCAUAAUCUUUAUUGUCAUCCUUUAGGAAUGGGAUGAUUGGAUUACUCAAUUUGAUCCACUGCAACAGAAUCAACAACAGAACAGUUCAGAAAUUUGA